CUAGCUCGUGGAGGAAUUGUCAUGUGUUUAUUCUAUUAACAUUUAAAUUGUACUUUAUGGUUCCUAAUUUCAUAAAGACGCGAUAGAUACAUCAGCAACGUUAAUAUCCUAUCAGGGAUUCGUCUGUGUUAAUUUAUUAGUGAGUUGCAGUCCUUAGGUUCUUAUUUGUAAAGACACGAGGCUAGCCAUGCUUCGACUUGCAAGACACAGAAGUAGAGGAACAGGACUUUGCCUGUGUGGUCAUGCAAGGUACCAUCACCAUAAAAGUGUGCUGGCCAUCAGGAGAGAAGACAUCAAUGUGUGGGAAAGACGGGCACCGCUGGCUCCUAAACACGUCAAGGAGAUCACAAACGCAGGGUACAAGGUCCUGGUGCAGCCGUCAAAUAGAAGAGCUAUUCAUGAGAAGUAUUAUUUUAAAGCUGGUGCAGUUAUUCAAGAAGAUAUUUCAGAAGCCUCACUGAUAAUUGGAGUAAAGAGGCCACCUGAGGAAAAGCUCAUUCCCAGAAAGACCUAUGCCUUCUUUUCCCACACAAUCAAAGCACAGGAGCCUAACAUGGGGCUUUUGGAUGACAUUCUGAAAAAGGAAAUUUGUCUUAUUGAUUAUGAGAAAAUGGUUGAUCAGAAUGGACUUCGAAUUGUGGCCUUUGGGCAGUGGGCUGGAGUGGCAGGAAUGAUUAAUAUUUUACAUGGACUGGGGUUGCGCUUCCUUGCUUUGGGACAUCACACUCCUUUUAUGCAUAUUGGCAUGGCUCAUAAUUACAGGAAUAGCAGCCAGGCUGUACAGGCAGUGAGGGAUGCUGGAUAUGAGAUUUCUCUGGGUCUUAUGCCCAAGUCCCUGGGACCACUAACCUUUGUUUUUACCGGAUCAGGGAAUGUCUCCAAGGGUGCCCAGGAAGUAUUCAAUGAGCUUCCUUGUGAAUUUGUGGAGCCCCAUGAAUUGCAAGAUGUUUCCAGAUCUGGAGACUUAAAUAAAGUUUAUGGAACUGUACUGAGUCGCCACCAUCAUCUUGUGAGGAAAAGUGAUGGAGAAUAUGACCCAGUGGAAUAUGAACAACACCCUGAACUCUAUACUUCUCAUUUUAAUGUGAAUAUUGCCCCUUAUACAACUUGCUUGAUUAAUGGGAUCUACUGGGACCCACACACACCUCGCCUUCUUAAUCGAAGAGACGCGCAGAGACUUCUCAGACCCGUAAAGCCAUCUGCUUUCUCCACUGAAGGCUGGCCAGAAUUGCCACAUCGAUUUCUUGCAAUCUGUGACAUUUCUGCGGACACUGGGGGCUCCAUAGAAUUUAUGACAGAGUGCACAACAAUUGAUAAUCCAUUCUGUAUGUAUGAUGCCGACCAGCAUAUAGAUCAUGGCAGUGUGGAGGGCACUGGCAUUCUUAUGUGCUCCAUUGAUAAUUUGCCAGCUCAGCUGCCUAUAGAGGCCACUGAAUACUUUGGAGACAGACUUUUUCCUUAUAUCUGGGAGAUGCUUUCUUCAGAUGCUGCACUUCCUUUGGAAAAACAACAGUUCUCCCCCCAAGUGAGAGAUGCAGUAAUUGCAUCUAAUGGAAGGCUGACUCCAAAGUUCGAAUAUAUUCAGAAACUCAGGGAAAGCAGAGAACAUGCACAGAUUCUUAAAAUGGGUGGUAAACGGAGAGUGCUGUUGCUAGGAUCUGGAUAUGUAUCUGGGCCAGUCAUCGAGUACCUCACUAGAGAUUCAGGCACACAAGUAACAGUAGCAUCUGUGAUGAAAGAUCAGGCUGAAGAGCUAGCUCACAAGUAUCCUAACACCAUCCCUGUUAUGCUGAAUGUGACCAAUCAGGAGAACCGUCUUAAUUCUCUUAUUAAAGACCAUGAUCUAGUCAUCAGUUUGCUGCCUUAUUCAUUUCACCCCAUGGUUGCAAAACAUUGUAUUAAUAAUAAAGUGAACAUGGUCACAGCAAGUUACCUCUCUCCAGCCAUGAAAGAACUUCAGAAAAGUGCAGAAGACGCUGGCAUAACUAUUGUGAAUGAAAUGGGUCUAGAUCCUGGCAUUGAUCACAUGUUGGCAAUGGAUUGCAUCAAUCAGGCAGCAGCAGAUGGAUGCAUUGUGGAAUCCUACGUAUCUUUCUGUGGAGGACUUCCUGCCCCAGAGUGCUCCGACAACCCAUUGCGCUACAAGUUCAGCUGGAGUCCUUAUGGGGUCCUGCUGAACACCAUCAGUCCUGCUACCUUUUUGAAAGAUGGAAAGGUGAUCAACGUUCCUCCAGGAGGAGCUCUGUUGGACUCUGUUACUCCAUUGGAUUUCUUCCCAGGCUUUAAUCUAGAGGGGUUCCCCAAUAGGGACAGCACUAAGUAUGUUGAACCUUAUGGCAUCCAGUCAGCUCAAACAGUGAUAAGGGGGACGUUGAGAUUCAAGGGGUUCUCCAAUGCUAUGAGUGGGCUUCUCAAGUUGGGUCUGAUAAACACAGAGCCCUGUCCAAUGCUGAACACUGGGAGUGCUCCGGUUACAUGGAAAGAACUUCUAUGCCAUCUUGUUGGAAUUUCGCCAUCAGUCAGCAUGGAUGAAUUUAAAGAGGCCGUCUACAACAAAAUUGGGAAAGAUGAUUACAGGAUGCAGAUGCUGAACUGGUUUGACAUGUUAAGUGAGCAUCCUGUUCCAAAGGCAGAUACUGUGCUAGAUGCACUGGCAAAACACCUGGAAGCAAAGCUCUCAUUUGAGAAGGAUGAAAGUGAUAUGAUCAUUUUACGAAAUGAUGUGGGCAUAAGACACUCCACUGGAGAAUUAGAAACCAAGCAUAUCAGUCUGGUCGUAUAUGGAAAUUCUAAGGGAUACUCUGCGAUGGCUAAAACUGUGGGCUAUCCUGCAGCGAUUGCUGCAAAGAUGGUGCUGGAUGGAGAAAUUCAGACAAAAGGACUAGUUCUUCCCUUAACCAAAAACAUCUAUGGACCUCUAUUAAAUCGCCUACAAGCUGAAGGAAUAAAAUUUACGACAACAAGCUCAUUUUCAAAUUAGGCAAAUACUGUCCUGUACACUAUAUAGGUAAUGCAUGUUUGCUAUACUGAGUUAUACUGUACAUUUUAAUUUUAUUUUUUUCCAAAAGGAAUAUGUAUUUUUGAGUGAUGCAAGUCCUUUUAGAAGUAAAGUGCAUUUCAGACAAUCAUUGUUACACACUUUGUGUGAUGAAUGCAGAAAUCCUUUAGCCUCAGUUAUUUCAAGUAAUAGGACACUGUACAGCAGGUGUAGUGAUUUGGUGAAUUUACAGUUUGCUUGUUUUAUUAAAAUAUGUAUGUACUGUACCAAUGACCAAAAAAGGGAUCUUAAACUCCUGUAAUUUUAAACCCCGAAGCACACAUAUACAGUAAGCAUUAACUGUAGCAUUAAUGUGAUUCAGCUUUCUUAGCUUUCUUAGUUUUUCUGUAGUCUUGCACCUACCCCUAAAGUGAACAUUGCACUAUAGGCCAGUAACAUUGACUGUAAUGUUUUCAUUCAUUUAAUAAGUGAUGUUAACAGUUUGUUUUGGAUUUUAAUCAUAUAUUAUGAAACUUGGCCAAUAAAAAAUGAAAAUGAA